AUGGUUCUGGAAAUUUGUAGUGACCGUCGAUCGAGUCGCCGAAGUCGCUCUCACAACAGGGAUUAUCUUUGUGGCUGUCAGAGGAGACGCCCAAUCUUAGCCAUUUCUCCCAGGCAGUCUUUGAAUGCCCCAGAAUCCUCAUUACGUUCGAGACGGAAGGCAGUAACUAAGAAGUCAAACGGACGUGGAGGCGGAGGAGGAGGUGGUGGUGGUGGUGGAAAGAAGUCCUAUCGAAGCAGUCAUCGCAGCAGGCGUCAUCCUCGACCUCCAACACAAAGUAGGAAUCAAUCACCUUCUACAUCUCAAAGAUCUCAUCUUCCUGAUGUUGGAAUUUAUUCAUCUUCGACGUCAUCUAUUAAUCCACUGGAAUCGGUUUCGAAUGCGUCCACUGAUGUUAGUGCGAAACAGCGUCGAUCAUUAUUUGGUGUCUUCUAA